AUGUCGGCGGCGGCGGCGGGGGGCGCUGCGGGAUCGGCGGGCGGCCCCGGCCCCGCUCAUCCCCCGCCACCGCCGCCCCCCACAGGCCCCCGGAUGCGGCGCAGCGCCGCCAGCUCCCCCACGGCCCCGGGCGCCGGCCGCCUGCUGCAGCCCAUCCGCGCCACGGUGCCCUUCCAGCUGCUGCGCGGGGGGCCCAGUCCCCCGGCCCCCGACCCCCCGCGGCCCCAGGGCCGGCCCCGGCGCAGGAGCGGCUCCCCGGAGCCCCGAGCGGACCGGCCAAAAUCUCAGCAGGUGAGAGCCUCCAAUUCAAUAAGACGAACCUCUUCUUUGGAUACCAUAACAGGACCUUACCUCACAGGGCAGUGGCCCCGGGACCCCCACGUCCACUACCCAUCGUGCAUGAGAGACAAAGCAACUCAGACUCCGAGCUGUUGGGCUGAAGAGGGGCCAGAGAAGAGAUCCCAUCAGCGAUCAGCAUCAUGGGGCAGCUCGGAUCAGCUGAAAGAGCAGAUUGCCAAGCUGAGACAGCAGCUCCAGCGUGGCAAGCAGAGUAGUAGCCGGCACAGCCACCGAGAGAAAGACCGCCACUCACCUCUGCAUGGCAACCCCACAGCCAGCAGCCAGACUCAGGCUGUUGGCUCCAGAUCUGCUUCUAUGCCUCUGUCCAAUAUCUCAGCGCCAAAGUCUGCUGUUUCACGGGUCCCCUGCAAUGUAGAAGGAAUCAGUCCAGAACUAGAAAAAGUGUUCAUUAAAGAGAACAGUGGGAAGGAGGAAGGAGGCAAGCCCCUGGACGUUCCUGACGGCCGCCGCGCCCCGCUGCCCGCCCAGUACCGGAGCAGCAGCAGUGGCACUCGCAGUGUAGAUACGCAGACUCCGUCGGUGCCAGAGCGGAGCAGCAGCUGCAGCAGUAGCCACUCGCCCUGUGUGUCCCAGGAUGGCAGCCCGUGCUCCACUGAAGACUUACUCUAUGACCGCGAUAAAGACAGUGGGAGCAGCUCGCCGCUCCCCAAGUAUGCCUCCUCUCCCAAACCCAACAACAGCUACAUGUUCAAACGGGAGCCGCCGGAGGGGUGUGAGCGAGUGAAGGUCUUUGAGGAGAUGGCGGCUCGCCAGCCCAUCUCAGCUCCUCUGUUUUCGUGUCCUGACAAAAACAAGGUGAAUUUCAUCCCAACUGGCUCCGCCUUCUGCCCCGUAAGGCUCCUGGGCCCUCUCCUGCCAGCCUCAGACCUGAUGCUCAAGAGUUCUCCAGGCUCCGGCCAGAGCCCGAUACUGAGCGCCUUGACCGUUGAGCAGCUGUCGGCACGGGUGGCCUUCUCAUCUCUGUCAGAUGAUACCAGCGUUGUGGACUCGGUGGCGGAGGUCACGAUCCCACCCCCGUGCCCAGCCCCGCCACCGCCGCUGCUGAAUGAGCGUCAGGCUGAGGAGCGGGCCUCAUCUCAGAACUAUGUGGCCAUUUAAGCAGGGGAGCAGGCCCUCACCCUCGGAAACCCGGUCAGCACGGCCGCCCAGACGUCUGCAUGGAGGGCUGACGCCCUUCUGGACAGAACACAAGACGUGUCAGCAUCUCAGAGGAUCUCUCAUCACUGUUCUUGGCGGGGACAGGCCUCGAAUGAAGCAUUUUUUAUUUUCAUUUCUUUGUGGAAAGCGGUGAUGCUAGCACAGCGUGUAGAUCAUUCAGCAUUUUCAGUGGAGACGAUGCAUUUCCUAGUAUGUCUGACCAGACGAGUGCCGUGUCCUUCGGUCUGUUCCGAGUCCUUCCGCAUCAGAAAGUUGCCUGUCCAAAGGGAAGCUGUCUGGCUGUGUGGUGUCCUGUGGAAGAGGCUGUACUUCAGGAUUGUGUCGACAAUCGAUCCAGGUGUUUGUGAUGCACACAAUGCAAAAACCACCAGACACACAAGACCCUGGCCCCGCUGUUGAGCAGCGCCCAGCCUGUGGCCUCGUUUCAGGUACUUCAGCUGAAGUCUAACUCAGGUAACUUGGAAUGUAAAUCAUAUCGGCAAAGACAAGGUGUCAAGGUGACAUCUCUCUGCAUUAAUCUUUCCUCAUUCCAUUCCACUUUGUUGGAAGAAGGCAGGGGAGGGUGAUCCUGGGCAGGAGUAGCUUGCAGCAGGAGCAGGAUCCAGUGUCCCCUGCUCAGGCAGCCAGAGGAUGGGGUUAAACAGGGUGUUCUUCCUGACUUGUGCAAGAUUGAGAACAAGGUUGCCAGGAGCAUGCUGCACGCAGUGUUCGACCAAGUGAGAAGGACUGGAACAUGCAGGGAUUUCACAGGGGACAGCCAGGAAUGCUCCACUCAUGUCUCCAGCAAAGUCAUGUUGAGUUUCUCCUUUGGAAACUGUCCCUUUGUUUUCUGGCUUAAAAGGGACAAGCUUCUGGUUGCUCACCUCCACCCUCCCGAGCUUGAGAUGAAUUGAGUGAUGUUCGGGUCCAGAGGUGGUUCUGUUCUUGGGCUAGCUGGACAAGGAGUCAGCAAAGGAUUCUCCGGUGACUUCAGGCAGCAGCUGGAAGCUCUUUCCUUUAGCCCUGCCUCUUUGUGUCUUUUGUCAGUGUGGUCAUUUCUGCUGGUCUCCUCCACGUGAAAAGUGUAAGGCAGGGCAGGAAGAAGCCCUGGGCAGAUGGGGUCUGAGCCAGGGAGAACCAGGCAGGGUCAUCAUGCUCUGGGCUGGAUCACCUUUGGCUCCUGGUCCUGGUGAAGAUUGGGAAGGAAUGAGGACCUCAAGGGAAGGGACCUGUGUGUGGGGGGGGUGGGGUGGGGAAGGGUGUCAGCCAUCAGAAUGCUCAUCGCCUUCCUCCCCCCAACAUCGGCUACCAUUUUGUCCCCACAGGCAUAUUUUGGUUCUUUCACAGCAGUUGGUCAGUGUUCAACCAGAAGAUACUUUCAUGGAGCAAAGGGCUUGGUCCUCUUUUGUCGUUUCCACAUGGUAACCUUUGAAAACCAUUUUUUCAGAUCUCUUUCACUCUAAUGUUCUCGGGCCUUGAUGAAGAGGAGAGGGAAGAAAGGAGCAAAGGCCAGUUCCUUCUUGCUCUGCCCGUCUGUCCAGGGCUGAGGGAGGAGGAGGCUAGGAUUGGGGCA